AUGCGCACAUCUAAUGGGCAACCUAAUGUUUCCAACGUUCAUGAAACCGCCGCAGAAAAUAAUGGAAAACCAAAGGCAUAUAGCGCACUAUAUGCCCUUCAGUUGAGAGCCUUCAUAGAUGCUGCGGAGGAUGUGGACGCGGACCCAGAUACAAUCGAGGACCUACUCGAAGGUUUGGAAGACGGAGAUGGAGAAGAGGAAAUCCAGGAGAGCGACCUUGAUGAAGACUUAGACUCAGAAAGUCUGGCUCUCCCUGCGCAUGAGCAGCACAGUGCUAUAGAGGGGAGUGGCGACCUGGACGAUCUCGAAGUGGAAACCGAGGUCAUCGAACGACUGAAACGGGAAGCAGAUGGAGCAUGGUCGAAGGAAGAAACCCGAAAGAUGAUGCAUCACUUGAAAGAACACGGAAUGAGUUCCUUCGUCAGAGAAUAUGUCAUCACUCAAAAUAUCCCGAUAGUGAAACUUCUUUUCGCUUUUGGGAUUUCCUUGUGCCCCGAAUUGCGGAAUAAACAACCUCAAACGAUGCUCUAUUUUCUGCGGGUCGCGAUGUCUAAGGAGCUUCAUCUCAGGGAAAAACUGCCUCAGUAUAAUACCCUUGCGGACGCGGUUUCCCUAAUACAAGCCUCAAAACGUGUGGUUGUGCUCACCGGUGCUGGCAUUAGCGUCUCAUGUGGUAUUCCGGACUUCAGGUCGCAUAAUGGUUUGUACGCGACGCUGAAGGAACGGGGGACCUAUGACCUUGAUGACCCUCAACAGAUGUUCGAUAUACACUAUUUUAGAGAAAACCCUGCCGUGUUCUACUCAUUUGCGAGCCAGAUAUAUCCGUCUAAUUUUAUACCUUCUCCUUGUCACCGAUUCAUCAAAGCUAUAGAAGAUAGAGGCAAGUCUUGUCAUUCCCUCUCCUCGCCCAAAGUUGACGAAAGUCAUCACCAGAACUACACCCAGAACAUUGACACACUAGAAACACUCACCGGAAUUACUCGCGUAUUGCAGUGCCAUGGAUCAUUCGCAACUGCUACGUGCAUCCAAUGCAGACGGCGUACACCAGGGACAGAAAUUGAAAAAGAUAUCAUGGAACAUCGUGUCCCGUUCUGUACUGUGUGCUUGGAGGCCAAAAAGGAAGCGGAGGAAGUCCGUCAGGCUGCUUUCAAGAAAAAGGCCAAGAAGCGAGGUAGGAAGGAAUGGGAAGAGGGGAGUGAUGAAGAGGAAGAGGCAAUACCAGUUGGCGUGAUGAAGCCGGACAUCACUUUCUUUGGAGAGAAGCUCGCGGAUGACUUUGAGCACGCUCUCGAGGACGAUCGAGAUAAAGUUGACUUGUUAAUCGUCAUCGGAACCUCACUGAAGGUCUCACCUGUAUCCGAGAUUCUGUCGCAUCUUCCGCAUUCUGUUCCUCAGAUUCUGAUCAACAAAACUCCUGUCCGACAUAUUAACCCUGAUAUCGUCCUUCUUGGUAAUGCAGAUGACAUUGUUCAACACCUCUGCGAGCAGCUUUCGUGGGAGUUGCCACCGCCAGUGGAGAAGCGUCUCGAGGUUCCGUCACUAGCGAGACCAGCAAAGCGCACCUCAGGUGAAAUGAUGGGCAAAACGGAGCCUAUUCGUGUUGCGAAGAGCCACGUAUGGCUGUUUGAAGGAGCCGAAGGGGGCAAAUGGGUGCGGGAUAUCGAGGAAAAGUUCUUGGAAGAAAAUGCGGGAUCCGAAUCGCGUACAACGCAAAGUCGAGUCCCGAAAGAGGGUCCAGAGGUAAAGAAGUCGCGGACUCGGUUAGGCUGACACUAUAACACCGGCGUCCUUCGACGUGCUUUGCUUCUGGUAAACGGACAUGGAUGUUGCGGAGAUCACGAACUUGAUGUACUUUAUAUAUAUAAAACUCUAAGCUUGUGAUAUUCAGAUGCGUACUAGGUCAUAUUUUUCGCGAUGAUAGGAAGCGUCGAACCGCUAGAGAAUCUAGCGCUCGAUAC